GGAAAGAGGAGAGCAAGAGCCCAGGGUCCUUUUAGCUGACAAACCAUAGGAAAUGAUGCUGCUGCCAUCUUCUGGUCCGCAUGGCCCAAGUGAGGAAGAAACAGUCCUAAGCAUGGGAGAAACCGGCAGAAAAUUUCAGUUGACCAAAGAAAUGGUGAUGGAGAAGCCAAGUCCCCUGCUUGUCGGGCGGGAAUUUGUGAGGCAGUAUUAUACUCUGCUUAACCAGGCACCAGACUUUCUCCACAGGUUUUAUGGAAAAAGUUCUUCCUAUGUUCAUGGUGGCUUGGACACCAAUGGAAAACCUGCAGAGGCUGUUUAUGGGCAGACUGACAUCCACAAAAAAGUAAUGUCUUUGAAUUUCAAAGAUUGCCGCACAAAGAUCCGCCAUGUUGAUGCGCACGCCACUCUGAAUGAUGGCGUAGUGGUGCAAGUCAUGGGAGAAUUGUCGAACAACAGGCAGCCUAUGCGUCGAUUCAUGCAGACAUUUGUAUUGGCACCAGAGGGCUCUGUGGCAAACAAGUUUUAUGUCCACAAUGACAUAUUUCGCUAUCAAGAUGAGGUUUUUGGGGAUUCAGACACAGAGCCUCCAGAAGAAUCUGAUGAAGAGGCAGAAGAGCAAGAAGAGAGGCAGCAAAGUCCAGAGGUGGUCGCUGCUGAUGAACCUACGUACUAUGAACAGCCUGGAAACAAUAAUGAUUUGGAUGAACCACUGGAGGAGCAGGUAGUUGAUGCAGAACCUGAACAAGAGCCUGAACCUGAACAGGAACCUGAGCCAGAAGCAGUGGAAGAGAAGUGUGAGCCAGUAUCAGAGGAACCUGCUCCAGAAGAAGAGGAGGAAGAAACGGUGGCUAUAGAGAGAAGUCCAUCGCCUCUCCCAGCAGAUCCUGCUCCAGCAGUGCAAGAGGACCCAAGGACAUUCUCAUGGGCUUCAGUAACCAGCAAAAAUCUUCCUCCUAGCGGAGCAGUUCCUGUGUCCGGUAUCCCACCACAUGUUGUUAAAGUCCAAACAUCCCAACCACGGCCAGACACCAAAUCGGAAGCCCAGACAACAGCACAGAGGCCACCACAACGUGAUCAGAGAAUAAGAGAGCAGAGAACUACAGUGCCACCUCCAAGAGGACCCAGGCCUUUGCGGGAAGGAGAGCCAGGAGAGUCAGAAACCAGGCGUAUGAAUAGGUAUCCGGACAGCCAUCAACUGUUUGUGGGCAACCUGCCACAUGAUGUGGAUAAAAGUGAGCUGAAAGAAUUUUUUCAGACUUAUGGGAAUGUUGUUGAACUGCGUAUAAACAGUGGAGGCAAGCUUCCUAACUUUGGUUUUGUAGUAUUUGAUGAUGCUGAUCCUGUUCAGAAGAUCCUAGGAAAUCGGCCUAUAAUGUUCAGAGGAGACGUGCGUUUAAAUGUUGAAGAAAAGAAAACAAGGGCAGCAAGAGAGGGUGACCGCCGUGGUGAAAGACCUCGUGGCCCAGGAGGACCACGUGGUGGUCUUGGGGGAGGUCUGAGAGGACCACCCCGUGGAGCAAUGUCUCAGAAGCCUGGCUUUGGGGCUGGAAGGGGUGUUCAAAGCCCACGGCAGUGAUUGUUUUAUUUUCUUGAGUGUCUCCCACAACAAAAGGGGUACAGUUCUGUUCUGCAGCCUUUGGAAAAUUGGGCCCUGGGGUACACUGGGAUUUUUGCCCUUGUCGUGACAGACUGCUAUACUUCAUCUGUCCCAUCCCAGAAUUUUAUGGAUAAUUUUUUUUUUUUUUUUUUUGAUCCUUGUCCCAGAAUCCAGCAUUUGUUGAACUUUAUUUAAAAAGGGAGAAGAGGAUUUAAAACAAAACAAUUCCCUGCUUUCAGGAGAGUGGACUGAAACUUUCCACCAGUCUGGAAGCUUGUUAGAAACUGUUUUGGCUGAUGGAAUAUUGUCAUGGCACCCAAUUGAAAUCCUACUCUAGGAGAGCCUAAUUAUAGGCAAAGUAUUCAGGUCUUGAUAGUAUAUCCAUUCAAGCUGUAAUUGGCAGUGAAGAAUUUGCUCCGGCUACUGAGUCUACAUUCAUGCUGUUUACUGCAAAACAAUAAAAGGUGUUCAUUGGAAUUUCUAUACUAAUGUUCUUUUUAUACAGUGAGAUCAAGGAGUUUAACAAAAAAAGUGAAACUACUGUUUUACCACUCAAAUUUUGGAUUUUGGGAUAGGUUUUAAUGUUUAGCUACUUGACUCUUACAACACCUGAAUUUGUGGGGGGAAAAAAAAAAAAACAUUUUUAUCUCGAUAGGGAUUUUUUUUUUUUUUCUUCAUGUUUUAGUUUGUAUUUGUAAAAAACAAAAACUUAUCAAAACAAAACAAUUGUUGUGCCUUCUAUUUAUCUCUCAUUCCAGUCUUGGCAAACUUAAAAUAAAACACAUGAAAUAAUUCUG